GACGGAACUUCAAAAGCUCAGAGAAGAAUUUAUAAAUUAAAAUAGUAAAAUCUCUCAGACCUAUCUAACAACUUGUCAAUCCAGUCAGCUGCAAAAUUUAAUGGCUACAUCAUCAAGUCAACGUCAGUCUAUUGUACAAUGGCAACGUUUCAUGACCCUUGUAAAGAAAUACAUUUAUCUGCAACCAAAGAAUUCAAGUGCGAUAAAUAUCUUACCUGCACAUCCAAUGCUUAAAUCUGCUGUAUUAACCCAGCAAGAGUAUACAGCUAUUUGGCAAGCUCUAACAAUUUGUGUUCAUCAAGUUAGAGUGUUAAAAACUGCUGGUGAUAUUGUUAAAACUUCUACUAUUCAUCGAAGAAAAAGAAACACAAAUUCCACAAACAUUUGUGCUGAUGCUGUGAGAGAAUUUCUAAGUGAUGGAUGCAUAACCAAUAAUGAAAUCAACAGUGCUAACAGUAAUCAUGCGGCCAUCACUCCUCAUCCUGGUGUUGCUACAAAACAUGAUACCAACUUGUAUGCGUGUAGUCAUCAUCACAUCAUUAAUGCACAUAUCUCCAGUGUUGCAAGUCCUACAGCCAUGAUCCAACACUCAGGCCGUUCAUAUAUUCGGAUAUCUCAACCCCUCAAUGUAAACAAGUCUACCUCUGCUGGUACAGCUUCCUGCCACGCUCCCAACAGAAUCGUACCGGCUCCAACCUAUACUUCGAUGAGGUUUCCUCGUUCUCUGUCUUCUAAAUCAUCCAAGUCAUAUGAUGAACCAAACGAAGAAUUAAGUGGCAAACUCACAAAUCUGUCUACCUCAGUUAUCGCAACUCCCUCUGCUCCUGUUGUGCCUGAAUUUCCUGACUCAGAGUUACAGAGAGCAUUAAAAAUAGUUAAUUCGUACAUACCCUUAUCUCUGUCUCAAAUAAGCCUCAGCUUCAUGAGAUCUGCUAAAAGUAAAAGCAAUAAUGUUCCGGUCAAUCUUCCAUCACGGCCUAAAUGGUUGGACACGAAAAGAGAUGUGGUUUCCAAGACGUCUGUAGAUUCGCGCACGCGCCAUUUGGUGCAAGGCUUAACGGUCGAAGGCGAGGGUGCGACACUGCGCCGUCUGUGCGACCUAAGCAGCCACCUUCGCACCUACCCAACGGCUUACACUGCCGCCGUCAAGCUGGGGGGCAUAGGCCGAGUGCUGCGUAUACUCGAGGCCACGAAAGACAAACACGUCGCCUUGGAGGCUAAGGUGGUAUUAGGCCUCAUGGGCUACUCGGGUCCGGUCUCAGGUCGAGGUCUUCGUAUCCUCGCCAUUGAUGGCGGUGGAGUACGAGGGUUAGUUGCUAUUCAGCUGUUAAGAAAGCUUGAGGAAGUCACUGGUAAAGCAGUGCACGAAAUGUUUGAUAUGAUCUGCGGUGUGUCGACGGGGGCAAUCGUAGCAGUUCUUAUUGGAAUUCACCGACGGUCGCCCCUAGAGUGCGAAGUGCUCUACCGGGACCUGAGUGAGAAGGUAUUCACGCAGACGACGUUACGCGGGGCCACGAGCCUGGUGAUCAACAACAGCUACUAUGACAGCAACGCUUGGGAUAACAUCUUGCGUCAAAACAUGGGUGAAGCACCCCUCCUCCAAAGCUUGUCUUCAGGGCUGCCCAAGGUGUGCUUGGUUGCUUCUCACGCAGUUCGUUCACUGACUCAAGCGUACUUGUUCCGGAACUACGUUUUGCCGCACAGAGUUGCUAGUCACUAUAGCGGCACGUCGCGAGCCCUUCUCUGGCAAGCCGUCAGAGCCUCUGCCGCUGCUCCUGGAUAUUUCUCUGAAUUUCAACUGGACGAUAAGGUUCUUAUGGAUGGAGGCAUUAUCGUCAACAACCCUGCAGCAAUUGCUGUUCAUGAGGCUCGGCAGCUGUGGCCGGACUCGUCUUUCCAGUGCGUCGUGUCGCUGGGCACGGGAAGAUUCCAGCCUGUCGAGCCUGCCGCUUCUCUCUCCAUGAACUGGGGCAAUAAGCUGAGGAGCGUCAUCAACAGCGCCACGGACACUGAAGGUGUACACACCAUCAUGCACGACUUGCUGCCCGGCAAUGUGUAUUUCCGAUUCAACCCUCACUUGAGCGACGAGUUUGGCCUGGAUGAAAUAAGACCAGACCGCCUGGCUGUCAUCAUGCGCGACACGGAACUUUACGCUCGUAAGAACGCGACCAAGUUCCAGGAAGCUGCAGCUGCUCUCUCACUGCAGAAAACGCCCUACCACAAAACCUUGGACUAUAUUAAGAAAGCACAAUAUUUACACGGCUUCGACUCAUGAAGUGGGACGGAUGAGUUUAACUCUUGGACUAUUAAGCCUUGCAUGCGCAAUUGGGAGGUGUAUGAGGAAUUGUCUGUUAUUCAUUGUUUAUCUAAGUUGCUUGUUAUUUAUUAACAACGAUUAUUAGCUUAGCAGCCAUUAUUAUCAACCACCUAUGUGCUAUAUUAAUGAAUUUUAUCGUGAUAAUUGCAUUUAUUUAUUAUCUCUUAGAGACAGCUUCUAGCCAUCUAGUCACAAUUGUUUCAAUUACAGUGCAAUCGGCUACGUCUAUUGACCUAUACUAUUUAAGGUGUAUUCUAAAGAAGCAGGACAAAUAGGAGUAAGCCUCGCUUUUAAGUUUCUUGCUUAACGCUUGUUUCUGCUGAUGAAUAAGCGACCGAAGUUGUGAAAAAGUUUAAUUCUUCAAAAGAAAAAUUUAAUUCUUCUGUGUACGCUAAAAGUCAUGAUUUAAUAUAAAUAACUACGUUAAAAAUAACUGACAGCCUAAGUUAGUAUCAAGUUCGAAAAGUGUAGUAGUAGUAGUAUAAUGGUUUGCUAGCGCUUCCGCUAUCGAAAAAUGUAAUAGAAGCUUAAGCCUCAGCCAAUAAUCCAAAUAAAUUUUAUAAAUGUUUUAUUAAAGUAAAAAAUGAAUCUAUU